AUGGAAUUCUCUUGCAAGGAUUUCAAGGUGGGGAAGUGUGAGGGUGAGAAGGUGGUGCACGGUGAGACCAUGCCACUAGUGCUACAACCCCCAGAGCCUAGCAAGAAGGACCUGGAGUCUCUCCUCUUGGCUCUGAGGAACAACAAGGAGUGGUUUGACCAAAUGGUGAUCAAGAACAGUGCUGUCCUCCUCCGGGGCUUCGACGUCACCAAGGCAGAGGACUUCAACGACAUUGUGGAGGCCUUCGACUGGGAUGACAUCCGCUACGUUGGGCCGGCACCGAGGACACAUGUAUACAAACGUGUAUGGACAGCCAAUGAAGGACCUCUCUCUGAAUUCAUAUACUAUCACCAUGAAAUGGUCCUAAUUAAGGAAUAUCCCAAAAAGGUGAUACUUUUCUGUGAGGUACCACCGCCAGAAGGUGGACAGACGCCUUUCGUGCCAAGCUUCCGAGUAACGGAACAGAUGCUGGAAGAGUUCCCAGAAGUGGUGGAGGAAAUUGAAGAGAAAGGGUUGAAAUACACAUUCACUGCUCUAAGCAAGAAUGAUACCGCUUCCAUGAGAGGUAGAGGCUGGGAGGACACUUUCGGAACUUCAGACUGUGCCGAAGCUGAGAGAAGGGCAAAAGCUUUAGGGAUGGUGUUGGAGUGGCUACCAAACGGCGGGGUUAAGGCGAUCCUGGGGCCGAGGUCUCUAACAAAGGUGUUUGAAGGAAGGAAAGGGAGAAGGAUGUGGUUCAACACUGUGGUGGGGAUGCACGGAAAGGAGAUCAGCUCGGCAAUGAUGGCAGAUGGAAGUGAGAUACCAGAGAAGGUAGUGAAGAGAUGUGAAGAGAUCAUUGAAGAAGAGAGCAUCCAGUUUAAGUGGGAGAAAGGUGACGUGCUCUUCUUGGAUAACUUGGCUGUGCUUCAUGGAAGGAGGCCUUCUCUUGCUCCUAGAAAGGUCUUGGUUGCUACAUGCAAGUAGUUAGUUAUUGCAAUGGUGUGUGUCGUUCAAAAAUAUAAAAUGUAAUUCUGAAUAAAUCAUUAUAACAAAACAUUGGAACUGUUUGGUUAAUAAUACUUUCUUUUUCUGCCACAAUUGGGAUUACAGUGGAUUAAUUAUCAAUAAUAAUACUUCUUUUUUCUGGCACAGUUGAGAUGAUAUUGAUUAUUUAUAAAAUAUAUUCUUUUUUUUUUUUUUUUUUUGUGAGUAAGCAGUUGAUUAUGAGCAAAUUGUUCUUGAUAAAUUUAAUGCAAUUAUACAAUACCGGUUACUUUGUAGAAGGUGACUCCAUUUGAACUCGCAUUCUUCUACUUGUGAGGUCAAACUUACAGAACUUUCUAGGUGUCCUAGAUAUUUA